AUGGACACCCUCGUUUCGAGAUACAGCCGGCCGGCCUACGAGCAGAAUGAGUCGUUUGAGGAUGAGGCACAGGACCUGAUGAACCCGGCCUCGAGCCUCGCUGGCAAGUUUGCCAUGCCGCCGAUUGCCCAGCCGUCUUCCUGGCUGCGCGCUGCGACCGACGACCGGUCGAACCCCGACUGCCCCAUCAAGAUUGCCCACGGCACGACGACGCUCGCUUUCCGCUUCAAGGGCGGCAUCAUCGUGGCCACCGACUCGCGAGCCACGGCCGGCAACUGGAUCGCCUCGCAGACGGUCAAGAAGGUCAUUGAGAUCAACAGCGUGCUGCUCGGCACCAUGGCCGGCGGUGCCGCCGACUGCCAGUACUGGCUCGCCUGGCUGGGCAUGCAGUGCCGCCUGCACGAGCUGCGUCACAAGCGGCGCAUCAGCGUCGCCGCCGCGAGCAAGAUCCUCGCCAACCUCGUCUACUCGUACAAGGGCAUGGGCCUCAGCAUGGGCACCAUGUGCGCCGGCGUGACCAAGGAGGAGGGCCCCGCGCUCUACUACGUCGACAGCGACGGCACGCGCCUCCAGGGCAACCUCUUCUGCGUGGGCAGCGGUCAGACGUUCGCGUACGGCGUGCUCGACGCCGAGUACAACUACGACCUGAGCGUCGAGGACGCGCUGGAGCUCGGCAGGCGGAGCAUCUUGGCGGCCACGCACCGCGACGCCUACUCCGGUGGCUUCAUCAACCUGUACCACGUCAAGGAGGAGGGCUGGGUCAAGCACGGCUUCAACGACACGAACCCCAUCUUCUGGCAGACGAAGCUGGAGAAGGGCGAGUUUACCAACGUGACGAGCGAGCUGGACUAG